AUGCCUGGAUGCUUUAAAAAGACCUGGUUUGCCCUGGCAUCUUUCCUGAGCUUUGUGUCUUUUGUCCUGAUCAUCACUGCCAUGGCAAUCCCGCACUGGAUGAGUGGGAAAAUCCUUUGUAAAACUGGAGUCGAUCUGGUCAACGCCACGGAUCCAGAGCUGGUCAAAUUCAUCGGAGAUCUCUAUUAUGGACUCUUCCGGGGCUGCAAGGUGCGGCAAUGUGGGCUGGGGGGACGGCGGUCCACUUUCACCAUCUUUCCUCAUCUGGUGAAAUCGCUGAACUCGGGCCUUCACGUGAUGAUUUUACUCUUCUUAUUUGUGGCCAUGGCCUUGGCUCUGGUCAGCAUGGGAUUCGGAAUUCUCAAUAUGGUCAGCGUACCGUACCAGGCAGUAAAUGGCCCUGGGGGGAUAUGCCUGUGGAACGUACUUUCAGGCGGUUUUGUGUCCCUGGCGGUUACUAGCUUCAUGGCGGCUGUGAAAUUUCACCGCCUUACUGACCGAAUCGCCAAUUUCCAAGAAAACGUCUUCCAGUUUGUAGUUGUGGAAGAAGGGUACGAGGAGUCGUUUUGGAUCUGUGUGGCCAGUGCUACGGCUCAUGCGGCGAACCUGUUGGUCAUCGCCAUAAGUCAAAUUCCUCUGCCGGAACCAAAGACUAAAAUAGAAGAAGUGCAUGUUACUGCUGAAGAUAUAAUGUACUAG